AUGGCGAUGGUGAUGGCGGUAGUGAUGGAUGACGAUGACAUUGAUGCUACCAGAGUCAAUGUCAAUGAUGAGAGCGAUGUUCAAGGCAAGUACAGGAUCUCCGUCUCGAACGAUAAGGGAAUCCUGAGAAGGCGCCAUCGAUCUGUUAGUGGGUGCGAGAUCCCCACCCCAACCCCACCGACUCCACCUCAGCUGAUGGGAGAAGUCGGCUACUACCAGCUCAUCAUCAACGUCAGCCACAUCGAAGAGAAUAGUGUCCAUUUGUCAAUGUUCAUCGCAAGUUGA